AUGCUCCUAGCACUCGCCUGUCUUAUCGCGACCGCGGCCGCCGCGCCUGCCACUUACGACCAGCGCCAGGAUGGCGAGGUCAACGUGCAAGCUGACGUCCAGAACAUUCUGCUGCUCGUCGCCGUGCCCAAGAAACUACCAAUAAACCUGUUUGAUUUACUCUCCAAGAGCAACAAACCUCUAGACAGGGACCAUGAAAUUCAGGAAAGGUCGGACGUCCGUGUGAUGGAAGCUUUUGUAGAACCUAGUACACCGUAUCGCGUCGAGAUUGGAGCAGCGGACAGGUCUGCGAGCGACGGGCGUGCAGUCGAGGUCGUGAUCGCUGGCCGACGCCGCCUCGAGGCUGACCCAGACGAACAGGACGAGUUGAAGCUGUUAGGAGCAACGGAAAACUGUGGGCCGGAGCGCAUGCGUGACCCUGUGACCCUCAUGUGCCAGGACCGAGCACCCUCCGAGGCCAGCGCCGAAACUAUGGACAAAGAAGACAAAGUAGAACCACAACAGACACCAGAAGUAGUUGUCGUUUCGUCAUAG